AUGAAAGAACAGCUUAUAGACUACAAAUUAUGGGAACGAGCAUCUCAAGACAUUGACUGGUUUGAGAGGCCCUCUGCUGUGCUUGGUGAACGUGAAGAAGGUGGACCCAAUCCAUACAUUUGGUUUCCUAAUGGAAAACUGAAUACCUGCUACAACUGCCUCGAUCGCCAUAUGGAUAGCAUCGCAGAUCAGCCUUGUCUCAUUUGGGAUUCUGCAGUGACGAACUCCAAGAUCACAUUUACCUAUGCUCAAGUCUUGGAACACGUUCAGACAUUGGCUGGCGUGUUUCAUUCGUAUGGUUUAUCCAAGGGUGAUACAGUUUUGAUUUAUAUGCCCAUGGUGCCUGAAGCCGUGUUUGCAUUCUUGGCUUGUGCUCGAAUGGGUGUUAUUCACAGUGUUGUGUUUGGUGGUUUUGCUCCCAAGGAACUGGCCAAGAGAAUCGAUGAUUGCAAGCCAAAGAUUGUGCUUACUGCUAGCUGUGGUAUUGAACCCAAGCGAGCUAUUCCUUAUAAACCUCUUUUGGAAAGCGCCCUUAGGUUGUCAAGCCAUCACGUUCCUAUUCGCAUUGUAUACCAAAGACCUAACCAAGAAAGAGCAUUGAUGAAUUACGCUCAGGGCGAUCGAGACUAUGACGACGAAAUGGACAGAAUUCGAUCCAAGGACGCAUUGUUCAAGACGUGUGUCCCUGUAGACAGUGAUGACCCAUUGUAUGUGUUAUACACAAGCGGUACGACUGGGCAACCCAAGGGCGUGGUUCGUUCCAAUGGUGGACAUGCUGUCGUAUUAAGAUGGUCCGUUGAUUAUGUCUUUAAUGUCAGAAAGGGCGACACUAUUUUCACAGCAAGUGAUAUUGGUUGGGCUGUUAGUCAUAGCUAUACCAUCUAUGGUCCAAUGCUUAUCGGUGCAACCACAAUUUUGUAUGAAGGUAAACCCAUUGGCACACCAGAUGCUGGUACAUUCUGGCGACUGAUAUCUGAAUACGGUGUCAAAACAAUGUUCACUGCUCCUACAGCAGCUCGUGCUAUUGCUCGCGAAGACCCACAAGGCUUACUGGCCAAAAAGUAUGAUUUGAGCUCAUUGACAUCCUUGUUUUUGGCGGGUGAGAGAAGUGAUCCUGAAACUUUGAAAUGGUGUCAGAAUUUGGUACAUGAGAAUUGCACUGUGAUUGACAAUUAUUGGAGCACGGAAUUGGGAUCUCCAGUAACAGCGACAUGUGCUGGCGUAGAAAAGAAUCCGCGCGCUGCUGUCAAAUGGGGGUCUGCUGGUAAACAGGUACCUGGAUCUCAAAUCAGAAUAUUGAAGGAAGGCUCAGUAGAAGAGACAACUGGGCCCAAUCAAUUUGGUAAUAUUGUGUUGAAGUUGCCUUUGCCUCCUGGCGCAUUUCCUAGAUUAUGGAACAACGAGGCAGGUUACAAGUCAAGCUACUUUGAUAAAUAUCCAGGCUAUUACGACACAGGCGAUGCUGGUAUGAUUGAUGAAGAAGGAUUCGUCCACAUCAUGUCGAGAACAGAUGAUAUUAUCAACAUUGCUGGCCAUCGUCUGUCUACGGGGUCCAUUGAAGAAAUUCUCAGUUCUCAUCCCUUGGUUGCUGAAUGCUGCGUUGUCCCUUUGCCAGACAAGAUGAAAGGUCAUGUUCCUUUGGGUAUAUUGGUCUUGAAACACUACAGCCCCGACACCAAAGUGGAUAGAAGUAAGCUUUUGAAAGACUUGGUGCAAGCUACACGCCAAGAUUUAGGUGCCAUUGCUUGCUUUGAGAAGGCCGUGAUUAUACCCAGACUACCUAAAACGAGAAGCGGCAAGGUCUUGAGAAGAAGUAUCAGAGAGAUGGUGGAUGGCAAAGCGAUCAAUAUGCCCGCCACUAUUGAAGAUGAAGACGCCUUGUAUGAAAUUUAUGACGUUUUAAAGGAAAACAACCUUAUUCCCAAGAAUUCUCCACCUUUGCUUAAAUCUAAGCUAUAG